AUGGAAGAGAUAAAGAUUCUUAUUAUUGGACAAGGAACAUUUGGAACAUAUAUCACUGAAAAUAUUAUUAAACCAUUAGGGUUCCAUAUUAUUGAUAUUUUGAGAAGUAAAGACUUUAAUAAAAUCAAUUAUUAUGCGACACAUCAAGAAUUAUAUAAUCGUGUAUAUAUUGCUCUUCCAUAUGAACUUCAUAAUCCUGUUAUUCGUAUGUUUCCACCAAAUACACCAAUUUUAUGUGAAAAACCUAUUUUAGGAUAUGACUUACUUCCAAAUAUUCGAAUGGGAUAUCAUAGAUAUUUUGACACUCAUUUUAUUAAUGCUAAACUUACAAUUCAAAAAUUGUUGUUUGAAGGGAAAACUCCAAGAAUUAGAAUUGUUAGUAAAGAUACUGGUGCAUCUGAUAAUGACUCUUUAGAAUGGUUGUAUUGUGCUAUGUGUCAUGAUCUUCAUAUGGCUGUCUUUUUAUUAGAUAAUAUUAAAGUAAUUGAUGUUAGAAUAGGUAAAAAUCCCUCAGAAAUUUUUGUUGAUUUAGAAGGAAGAAAAUGUAAAGUAACAAUAGAGUAUGCUAGAGACUCAUCUACUUAUAUACAAGAAGUUAUUGUUGAUAAUAUUGUAUUUGGUUAUGACUCUGAAGUAUUUAGUGAAACAUAUGAAGAGACAUAUAAAAGAGAAUUUUUUGAAUUUGCUAACCAUCCAAAACCAGAUGAUUUAAUGCUUGACUUGCAAAAGAAAACUUCUGAUCUUCUUUUAUGUUGUGCUAAAAUUAUUUGCUCUAAAAAUAAAAACGCAUUGACUAUUCAUCUCAAUAAGUAUUCAGGUGAAAAUUGGAACUCUGAAACUACUAAAUCGUUACUUACUAAUAAUAAAUUCGUUUUGCCUUUCGAACCAAUUGAAUUACAAUAA